AUGAUUCCAACAAUACUAACUUACAAAACUCGAACCCUUUCAUCCAAUAUAUGUAACAAUUUCAUACAGAACAUUAGUAGCAUGUAUGAUGGUGAGCCAACGAGUACCGACAUGGCUGCUCUUGUUAUGCACAUUGUCAGCUUGAAUGUAAAUACAUGGCUGUGGAUUGGUUAG